AAGGGGUGGGGGUGUAGAGAAAUUGUAUAUCUGUGAAAGGGGAGUUCAGGACUCGGGAGUCAGGAGGAGGAGAAAGAAAGAGAGGCCGUCGUGUAAGGCAUUGAAACGCCAUUUUGUUUGUGCGAAAGCUUCGGCUUUGCCUUCUUGAGCUUGAAAGACCUGUCUCUGUCUCUGGAUGCUAAUCAUCUCGUUUUUUUUGUUAAUGGUCCUCGGUUUAAAGGUGCUCGAGAAGAAAGAUCGGGAGGUCCCUUUCGGAUGUUUAUUUAUCCAUCUUACUGAGUUGGGUUCAAUCCAUUGGAGCCGUGGAAAGUUUUAUCCGUCGAUGACAGUGGCCCAGAAAUGGACAAAGUUCGAGAGGUGAAGCGUGGAACUAGUCGGUUCUCACCCACGAGGCGACCGAACAAGCAAUCUGGACGCAGGCUAGCCUCCGCUCUGAAUAGUGGUGGUGAUGAUAAUGUGGAUUUAUUGGAGAGACCAAAGAAGGAGAAAGUUUUAAGUGUGGUGGGUAAAGCGAGUUCGAGCAACGAAGACAGCGAAAUGGGUGGUGGGUCUGAAGGAGAAGAAGAGCAUUGCCGGGCGCCACCGCCGGCGUCGAGUGCUGGUGGCUGUAAGAAACUGAGGCUCCAUAGAAAGCCAUUCGAUGAUUGCAAUGCGGUCGAUCCUGCCGCUGUUCCGCGUAAACUACGGUCAGCUAUGCAGCAGAAGCGAAACCGGGAAUCAAUAUCGCCACCAAAGCCAGAUGCAAAGAAGCCACAUUCCAUGCCCAAUGGAAUCGAAUCGCGUUCAAAGAAAUAUAAGCAGAACUUGAAGCAAGUUGGGGAUUCAGAGCAAUCCCCAAGUCAGGCGGGACCAAUUACCAAAGAUGAGGAAGAAGUGGUUGAGACUUUAUAUGCUUUGGCUACAUUGAUGCCCAACAAUAAGCCUAUUAAGGGCACCACGCAUCAGAAAUCUACAGAGUCCGCGGAGUGUUCAAUCCCAGUUUCCAAAGCUACAAAAGAGCCCGAGAAUGCUCCACGUGCUACCACUGCUGAAGUUACCAAUAUUUCUUCCAAUGGAGGAGGUUCGCCUGGAGACCUUGCAAGAGACAACCCAUUACGGCAAUCUGCUAUUCCAGAAGGGUCCUGUAUUCUGGAGGGCCAGAAAUUUGAUCUAGGAUCAGAUAGUUCCUUAGUUGCUCAAGCAAUUCCGCCAGGCCAGGAACGUACAGACAAGUCUAAUCCGGAAUAUAUAGAUAUCAAGCUUUUGUGCAAAGCGUCUUCCUUGGAUGUUCCAUCGGAACUACGCUCUGAGGCCAGAGUAAUGCAAUCCAAAGUGGAUGUAGCUCAGGCUUGUGGAAGAAAAACAGAGAGCAUGUUAUGGCCAGCUGCAGCUGUUUCGAUGAAACCUGAACAACAUCACCCCAUCAAUGAGAACAUGGACAGUGGGAAACGUCUUGCAUGUAAAGAAGGAGCUCUAUCUUUGUGGCCUGGUUUGUGCACAUCAGGGUCGUGUGGUGGGGGAAUUCGGAGUCCCUUAGAACGGCCCUCAUCAACCAAAGCUCCAUUUUGGCUGGAUGCUGCUACUUGUCUCACCAGACCUGAUGUCUCUGUAAAUGGUGUUUUAACUGAAAAGGCUUUGCCAGGUAUAGUUGAUAGAAGGAAAUCGUGGAAGAAAUGUGCGGCUCAUGUUUAUAUCAGUCGUCUCAUCCGGGCAUACCAGAAUGCAGAGAAAAGUGUCARGUUUCCUGUUCUUCCUGAUCAAUUGAAAGUAAAAGAAGAAACGAGGUCAGGUGGAGUCAGGAAUGGUUUAAGUGGAGCUACUACUUCCUCGAGCAACACAUACAGUUAUGCUGCUGGGAAAAGUCUGAAUGAAGCUUUAAAUGGCAUUCAACCAGACAAGAUGCUUCAGCAAGAUCAGCAGCAAACUUCUGUAGCAACUGAAAUUCUCAGUUCACAGAAGCUGAAUUGUGAUUUUCUGUCCUUGUCAGCCGGCUACAGUGGUUUGGAAAGCAACAGCAAUAACAACAAAAAUAAAGGCAAAAAUACUAGUAAUAAUAAUCCAAUAGGAAAUGGCUUGGAAUCCCCCACGCAACUCCGUCCCCCUUACCUCCAUUCUCUUGUCCAACCUCCUCUAGUGCCUUUCUCAUUUCCCCCGAACCGCUAUUCCAACUGCUCUCCAUAUACGGACCAGCUUACUGCAGCAACAGCGGCGCAGCAGGUCCAGUUACAGAUACCUCAAUAUCUUGGCAAUCCGUUCUAUGGGCUGCAAUACCCAGGCCAUGCUGGGCCGGCAAAGCAGCAGAUGUGGGCAGCUCACCUGGCGGGGAUACCUGGAUGUCAUCUCUCAAAAUGGCAGAACGGAAUAUACGAUUCCACUUCACAAGUCUCCUCUCACGCCGUUUUGUCUACUUCCUCUCCCCCAUUGGAGGUGAUUGGCGCCAAGUUCCCUCCCAGUACGCAACAGCAGCUCUUUCCUGUCUCGUCUUCCUUAUCCUCCAAUAUGGUGAGGAGGCAGCAGCACCAUCCCCCAGGUGGCUAUGAUCAGGGUGGUGGUGGAUUUCGCACAAACAGUUCAUCUCAAUUGCAGAUACUCUGCAACGCUGAGCAAUUGUAACUGGAAUGAGAUGGGAACUGGGUUAUCACAUUGACAUUGUUUUAUUUGUUUCUGCAUGGAUCAACCAUUUGACUUGGGCAUUCUUCCAUA